AUGAGAAAGAAGAAUCCACACCCGCAGCGCGCGGUGAACGCGAGGACGGUUUUGAAGUGCGAUUUUAGGGAGGAGAAGGGAGGAGAAGAAGAAGGAGACGUGGAGCGAUUGCGGAGGAUGCUCGCGUGCGUGCCGUGUCGUGAUGUCGUGAAGGAGCAGAAUCAGAAGCGAGAAGAGGAAACGACUUUUGUUGCUCGAGGAGUGAAGAGAAAGAGAGGGCACGAGUGCGAUGUUUGCGAGAAGAUGUUUGUUACUCCAUCCGAUUUGGCCAGACAUAUGCGUACGCACACGAACGAGAGACCGUAUGAAUGCGAUGUGUGCGAUAAAGCUUUUCGUGAUUCUAGUGCUUUGACAAAGCACAUGCGUAUUCACUCGAACGAGAAAGCGUACGAGUGCGAUGUGUGCGAGAGGUGUUUUCGUGAAUCUGGUACUUUGAAAAAGCACAUGCGUAUUCACACGAACGAGAAACCGUAUGAAUGCGAUGUGUGCGAGAAGCGUUUUAGUGAUUCUGGUACUUUGACAACCCACAUGCGUAUUCACACGAACGAGAAACCGUACGAAUGUGAUGUGUGCGAUAAAGCUUUUCGUACAUCUAGUGGUCUGAAAAGGCACAUGCGUACGCACACGAAAGAGAAACCGUACGAAUGUGAUGUGUGCGAGAAGCGUUUUACGCAAGCUGGUACUUUGAAAACCCACAUGCGUAUUCACACGAACGAGAAACCGUAUGAAUGUGAAGUUUGCGAGGAGCGUUUUACUACAUCUGGUAAUUUGCAAAGGCACGUGCGUACUCAUCAUUAG